AUGCCGGGGAUAAGGUCCGAUGAAAUUGCAGCGACUGCACUUGGAUUACUCGAUGUUCCCACUAAGGGCUACUACUACACAUGGUAUUCUAACAACGAAAGCAACCCUGUAUGGUGCAAGCUCGAUCGGGUAUUAUACAAUAGUGAAUGGCUUGAGGCCGAUUUGCAUUGCAGCGCCCAUUUCAAUCCAUCGGGAUGCCUUUCCGACCACUCUCCGGGUAUUGUUUCUAUCUUUGAUCAUGCACCCACUAAGCCAAAACCGUUUCGCUUUUUCAAUAUGUGGGUAGAUCAUCCAGAUUUCUUAGCUACUGUUGAAGCAAGAUGGAAUUUGAGCAUGGAGGGAACGCCGCAAUUCAGCCUUUGUAGGAGACUGAAAGCAGUUAAAGGCGCGUUAAAGGUAUUCAACAAGCAGCACUACAGCCACAUUUCCGGCAGGGCCAAAGAGGCUGAGCUUGCCCUGCAUGAUGCCCAAAAUCAACUUGAAUCCAAUCGGGGAGAUGUGGUGCUACGGGACUCUUUAGGAGAUCUUAGGAAAAAGGCCAUUUUCCUUGCCGAGGCCGAACAACACUUCUUCUACCAGAAAGCCAAAAUCUACUUUCUUAAAGAGGGGGACCGCAACACCAAGUUCUUAUUCGGCAUGGUGAAGAGGAAUGUUAUCACUGCUGCUGAGGAUAUUCCCCAAGAGUUUGUUGAUUACUACACAUCACCCUUGGGCACCGAGGCUCACACCCUCCCGGUCGAUGAUGGUGUGUUUGAAUGGGGUCCCUUACUUUCUCCUGAGCAUACUGUGGACCUUUUCCGGGCAGUCACGCUGUUGGAGGUCAAGGAUGCCAUCUUCCAUAUUAGUGACAACAAGGCUCCCGGUUCAGAUGGAUAUUCCUCGUGCUUUUUCAAGAAAGCAUGGAACAUUGUGGGUGAUCAAGUUUGCAGGGCCGUCUUGGAUUUCUUUAGGAGUGGCCGGAUGCUACGGCAGCUCAACCACACUAUCAUUGUCCUUGUGCCGAAAUCAGAUCAUUCCACCUCUGUUGCGGAUUACCGGCCGAUUUCGUGCUGUAAUGUCAUCUACAAAGCCAUCACGAAAAUCAUCUCGGAACGGCUCGCGCCCGCAUUAGAGCACUUGAUUGACCGAUGCCAAGCUGCGUUUGUUAGAGGCUGCAAUAUCACAGAUAAUAUUUUCUUGGCCCAAGAAAUGGUGCGGCAGUACUCGAGGAAAUGGAUUUCACCUCGAUGUACUAUCAACGUCGACCUACGCAAGGCGUUUGACUCGAUCUCAUGGACAUUUCUCUCCCGAGUUCUUCAUAGGGACGCAUCCGGCCUCACUGUCAAUACCUCUAAGUCAAGCAAAUUCACAACGGGCAUUCAAAAUGAGGAGCUUGACGGGAUUCUCGCUCGGACGGAGUUUGCGAGAGGUGAGAUGCCGGUCAGAUACCAUGGCAUUCCACUAGUAGCACAGCAGCUUUCGGUCACCAACUACUCACCGCUUAUGGAUCAAAUUGCCAACUGCAUUUCGAAGUGGACGGGCAAAUCCUUAUCUUAUGCAGGCCGAUUGGAACUUAUUCGUUCAAUUAUUCAGGGGGUGGAGUGCUUUUGGCUCCAAGUUUUCCCACUUCCAGCGGCGGUCAUCGAGAAAACUCACUGGAUUUGCAGGAAUUUUCUAUGGAACUCUAGGAGGGCACCGGUCGCUUGGGAGGAAAUUUGCCAUCCCAAGGAAGAAGGUGGACUCGGUAUUCGGCACAUUCAGUCUUGGAACGUGGCUCUCAUUGCCCGUGUAUUAUGGAACAUCCACCGCAAGCCAGACACGUUGUGGGUGUAG